AUGCAGCUUGCCGCUCGACAUGCCAGGCUGUCAAUUCUCUUCCCCUGUUCCCUAGCCCUCCCACAUCUUGGAAAACGAUUUGACCCUGCCUUGGGGUGGCAUUCAUAUCGCAGUAUUCCCUCACAAGUAUUUCGCUCUCAACGCGGCGAGAAAACACAUACCGGCUUCAACCCGUUCUGUCGAGAUUUCUCCACCCUUCGAUACAACCCACUGGACUCAUCGCAAAGCACGGGACCUUUCAUUCGUUUGCUCGAACUCCAUCCUGGAGGUGCUAGCAGUCAGGUCGAAGCUUCGUUGAAAGAAGUAUCUCUAUCUUCAGAGCUGGAAUAUGAAGCAGUUUCCUACUGUUGGGGCGAUCCGAAAGAUGUCAGCACAAUCCUUUGCAAUGGGCAACAACUUCAUGUACCUCGACGACUCAAAGUUGCGCUUCGAAAUAUGCGAUAUCUUGACAGAACAAGGAUGCUAUGGGCAGAUGCAAUUUGCAUCAAUCAGUCGGAUAACGCGGAAAAGGAAAGCCAGGUACAGCUUAUGCGGACAAUUUUCUCAAACGCUCAGAGAACGCUCAUCUUCCUCGGAGAUGCCGAGGAAAAGCAAACACACAAGAUGUCAAAAUUCGCUCUCCGGACCAUCCAAUUUGGGCUGUCAAUCUUCAAACGUCGAGUGGACUUGCUCGCCAGUCCUCAAGUCCGGGUUUGGGAUGGAAAUGACGGACGAUGCCGCACCGUGGCUCCGUUCUCUUACGAAUUCUACCUUGAGCUAAUUGGAAUGCUGCGAAUGCCCUGGUUCCAACGAGCCUGGGUUGUCCAGGAAGUCGCUGUGUCUGCAAAAGCAACAAUUUUCUGGGGCUCAUCUCAGUACGAUUGGGAAGACGUGAUACAGUCUCUGAAAUUCAUGUCUCAAUUUAACUUCCCAUUGGCGUUCAUUGUUACCCUCGAGAAUAUCUCAACGAUUGAGGAGGAGCGAACAUUUUAUAGAAAGGGACAAAACAGACUCAACGGAGUACUUUUGAGGCACCAGCGGUGCAUGGCUACAGAUCCGAGAGACAAGAUCUAUUCGUUUUGUGGACUUGUUGACACGUCAUCCGGCCACCACAAUCCUGUUCGAAUAAGUUACGAGGACGACGUAGGUACCAUAUACCGUGAAGUGGCGCUGAAGAUAUUGGGCGAAGAUCAGUCUUUAGAUUUAUUGAGCCGGCCACCUUCGUUAGCGGGAUCUCGCAUGAACAAUCUUCCUUCGUGGGUGCCUGACUGGAGUAUUUCGUCGGCUUCAACAUUGACCUACGCCUGGGGCCACGGGCCCCUUUCACUCGCUGGUGCAGAACUCCCCAGUGCCCAGGAAACCCCUCGUUUUUCAGCAUCUCGUGGAGCAAAAUACUCUCCUAAGCUGUCCGGCGCCGAUGCUCUUUUAGUCGAAGGCCACCAAUUCGAUAAAAUUGUCGAGAUAGGACCAAUAUUUGAGGGUGUACAGAUCCCCCACACCGUCAGGUCCCUUCCCGAGAUCGCACGAGAAUGGAAGCGCUGCCUCUCCACCCUUUACCGUGCACGAAAUUUGUUCGUGCGCUGGCAGCAGGUCGCCGACGUACGCUCCCACGGACUCUACAUAACUGGCGAAACCAUGCGUGAAGCAUUUCUUCAGACGCUCUCCGCGGCCGAGAUAAACGACUCCGAGCGAGUUCGACUGGAAUUGGAGCUCUGGGACAAAGGGACAAGUUUUCCGUUCGGACUCAUGUAUAGUGCUUUUGUCCUUGUUCGAAACUUUCUCACAAAUAGGCCUUUCUUGCUAUUUGAGAUUCAGGGUCGUUAUGCGUUGCAUCGGAGGGUGGUGCGGACGCAGGGUGGAUUGCUUGGUCUUGCUUCUCAUGCUACGGAAGUUGGCGACGAGGUUGUGAUUUGUAAGGGUUCAAGUGUCCCGUUGAUUAUGAGGAGGUGUGGGGAGGGCGAGGGCGAGGGAGAGGUUAGGCUUAUUGGAGAUGCAUAUGUUCAUGGGAUUAUGAGAGGGGAGGCUUUUGAUGAUGACAAGUGUCAGAAUAUUCUCAUCAAAUGA